UGCUACAGUCGGUUGAGAGAGCUCAUUUGAAACACAUAUUUUCGUCGUGCGUGAAAUUAAACAUAACGCGACGUUAAGGAGCUCAGCAAAAUAAAUUAAAAAAAAAAACUUAAGUAAAUAAAUACAAAACAAAGCCAAAAAAUAUAACAUAAAAUACAAUAUUUUUCUAUAAGUAAGGAGGAUUAUAAGCAAAAACGACUUAUAUUAGAUAAACAACAAUAAUAUUACAAAAAUUGUGAUAAAGUAAAGUAAAAAUCAAAGAAAAGCAGAUGCAAGUGAAAAAUUGGAAAAAUUCGUCAAAUUAGAGUUGAAAAGUGAAUAUAUAAACGAAAAACUAUGGGCGUUGUAAUGUGUACAUAUUAAACUGAACGUCACUUGCAUCGGGUAAUGGAAAGAAAAUUCUGACCUCAAUAAGUUUGUAAAACCAGACGAAAAGGGCGUAGCGACUUUUUUCUGCUGUCAAUUGGCCUUCGUUUUACGUGAACGGCGUAACAAUCGUUGCAUCUGUCUCUUUGAUUGUAAGCGGCAACAGUCAGUCGUAUUAUCGUCGCGCGGUGAGUCGUUCGGUCCGUUUGUCAGUCUAUCUGUCUGUCGUUUUUAUUAAUGGCCUAUUACUGAGAAUUGUAUGUGCAAACGAGAUGGCAUAUCAGCAUAAUUCUCUCUGAGUGAAAUACUCGACCAAAAAGAACGACAAAAAAAAAACUACCUGAAAGCAGCAAAGGACCAAAUACUUCCUUUGUAGAGACGUUUGUUGUUGAUCGCUUACAGGCGUACACCCUAAAAAGAGAAAAACCGUUCAAGGGGAAUCGAUUGCUUAAAGACAUGCGGCAAUAAGGCAAUAACAGCUACAACAACAGCAGCGUGGCAGAGCUGAAUGGAUUCGGGGCAGAACGGAGUGAAACGAUAAAACUCUCAAACUCAAAGUAGAAAAGCUGAAUUGUCCCACGUCACGUCAUUAUCACGGCCCCUACAAGCUCAGCGCAGAGUGAGCCAGACACGCGGUAGCCAUAAUUGCUGCAGUCGACGCAACGCCACAGAACAACUCUAAGCCCUGAGAUGUAUGUAGUUGUAUGGUCGUAGCCAUAAACUAGCAGCUAGCAAACGAGGGCAGUCAUUAAGAAUUUUUUUCACAACGCUUGGGCUGGUCAGAGUAAACGGUCGAUUGGUUGAACGCAAAUAGAAAAAAAAAUCAAAAAAGAGAAACGUCAGCGUCGCCGUCGCGUUGCAAAUCAAAUUAAAAUAAUACUGCAGAUCGCUGCAUUUGUAACUAAAACUACUUAUACACAUACAAGCACAACAUAAUUAAAUUAAACCUUAUUAAGGCUGAGUUAAUUUUUGUAAAACAAAAGACAAUUACAAAACAAUAAAAUGCUAAGUGUAAUUUUUUUUUAAUUUUUUGUGAGUAAAGACUGAAAACAAGUAACUACAAGGAUUAUUCCAAAUAUACCAAUAAAUGAAAUAAAAACACAUAGACAAGCCAAUGCAACAGCAAAAGUCGAACAUAGUUGAAAGUUAAAAAAAACACAUACAUAUACGUGUACAAAUCGGUUGACUAAGCAAAUAAAAAAAAAUAAAUAACUAGUUCACGUGUAUGACACGCAUACAUACACAGAUAUAUGUAUAUAUGUAAUAAAUAAAUGUAUUAAAUUGCGCCUACAAAAAUAUUACUAACGCAAAGAAAAGUAAAUAUAUAUUUCUACCUAAUUACAAACUAAAAUAGCAACAACAGUAAACCUUCGUAAACUGAAAUUUCGAAAAACAGAAAAACAACAGCAACAUAUGGAUUAACGUUCCUGGUAAAUUAACAUUAAAAUACCCCAUCCACGCAUAAAUAUGUAUGCAGACGCAUGCCUAAGUGGAUUAUAAUCAUCUGUAAAUAAAAUACAUAGCAAACUUCGUGUGGACUACGCACGUAAUUACCCGCAUAGCAGCGUUCAGUAGCAGUUGGAGCAGCAGUGGCGUCGCACCAAAGUGAUUAUCUACUCGUAUUUAUAUAUAUUAUAACUGUUCAAUUCACUUGGCAACAGCGCUUGGCUAACAGUCCACGGGCACCAUUUGCCAUUUGCGCCCGUUAGAAGGUAUCGAUAACGCAUUAAACUAUCGAGACUUGCAUGAAAAUUUGUCUGCGUAUGAAACACCAGUGCCUGAAGUUGAAGAAGUUGAAGAAGUGAGAGUUUACAAAAAAUCAGUGUAAAUAUCGCCAAAACCAAAAAAAAAGAAGUAAAGAAAAGUGCGCUCGAAAUACAAUUAAUUAAAAUUUUCCCUGUCUCACUUUACCCAAAUUUGAGGAAAAUCAGUGCCAACAACAAACAAAAGUAAAGUUAAGCCCAAAUAUAAAUGCUUAUGUGUCUAACCUAACCUUGCAAAUAAAGUGAAAUUAGCAGCCAAAACAGUGUGCGCGGAGAAUGUUUGAAAGCAGUUUUAUGUGACAAAAAAAAAAAAAAAGUGGCGAAGUUUGUAGUUGAAGUCAAAUAGUAGUUUAAUCGCGACGCUUAAGACAGCAGCAACCAGAACAUAUUGCCAAAAUGACGAUGGCUGCUUGCUAUGCCAACUACGACAUGGCCUUGUCGCAUGGCAUGUCCUCGGCGGCGCUGCUCAGCGGACAGACUCAUCACCAUCACCACCACCACAAUAGUCACAGCCACAACCACAGUCAUCACCAACAGACGCAGCCCACGCAUCACCACCAACAGCAGCAACUUUAUCAUCACUCGCAACAGCAGUUGCAACAACAACAACAACACCACUCGCAAUCAUCGAAUGGUGCGCCCUCGAGCGCCGCCAUAAGUCGUUCGUCGUCCUUGACGGCGGCGGCGGCGGUUGCCAGAGGCGGUAAUGCCCCCACAUCUACACCCGCCGUCGCCGUCACCAAUCCAGUGAUUAGCAGCAGUAAUAUUGGCAGCGCUAGCAUAAGCAAUAGUCGCAGUAGCAACAGCAGCGCCGGUGCGAAUAGCAGCAGCGGUCCGUUGUCGACUGGCGCUACGGUGGCGAUAAUCAGUGCCGGCGGCACUGCAACUCCACAAAAGGACUAUUCCAUUCCAUUGCAUGUAGACUGCAGCGUAGAGUACGAAUUGCCAAAUCAACCCAAACCACCGGUGGGCCAGCGCGUCGAGCCGUUGCUAAUGAUCCAUCCUUGCUAUUUCCGCAAAAUUGAAUCGCAACGACGCAGUCCAUUUGUUAACAAUAUGCCCGCGACAGCACGCAACAGCACCGCCUUGUUGGUUAGCGGCCUGAACAGCGCCGCGACAUCGGUCAUUUCCACUACGACCGGCGCAACAGCAGUGGUUAGCUCGUCCGGUCCAACAGCGGCCAGUUCUUCGACUCGCCGUUCGGUUGGGCGUCAAUCUCAGGUUAUACAGCAACAGCAACACCAAACGCAGCAACACUUGCAACAGCAUCAAGUGGUUGCCCAAUACCAACAACAGUUGCAGCACCAGCAGCUGCGCCAGUCAUCACAGCAGGAGCAGCAACAACAACAACAGCAGCAGCAGCAGCAGCAGAUGUCACAAAUGUCGCAACAAGCGCAUUAUCCGGUGGUGGUGACACACCACCAUCACAGUCAUCACCACCAACAAUCGCAGCAACAACAAGCGACGCAACAACAAGCCAGCAUCGCCUCUUCCGCCCCAACAUCCUCAACUGCCGCCACUGGUGCCUACAUAGAGCACGCAAGCGCAGUAAGGAGGGCAGCUGCACAGCACCGCAGCAACCAAAGUCGCGCCGCCUCAGCAGUUGGUAGCAAUGCCAGUCAAGCGCAUCAGCAACAGCAGCAGGAGCGUUCAAACCAAAGUCACAGCCACAGCUCAUCUGCCUCAAUCGCCGCUGUGGCUGCCGCCGCUGCAGCAGCCGCCGUUACCUCCCAAAACCAACAGAAUAUCCUAAGCCAGAAUGCCUCACAAUGGGACCAGCUGGCAGCGAUAGCUGCGCGCUCGUCGAUGACCCCAGCAGCGGCUGCGGCAGCUGUCCACUCCAGCCAAAUGCUGGCACCCCGUAGCACACCCGCGAUAUUUGGCAAAAGUCUGUCUGCCGUGGGCAAGCGCGAUGCGAUGAUAUCGGGUGGUGUAUAUGGCGGCAGCAGUGCGACAGCUGCCACAAGCAUAGCAGCGCAUCAUAGCGGCAAGCAACAGCAGCAGCAGCAACAACCAGCGCAACAGACACAUUGCUUGCCCGCAGGUGCAAUAUGGCCCGAUCCGAGCAGUGUUGCGUCCGCUUCAGCUGCGACCUCGUCCACCGCAUCGGCUCUCAUGAUCGACCGCAGCCCGAUGGCAACAGUUCCUAGCAACUAUCAGGCCGGACCUGACACCACCCCAGCGAUAAGCACACACUACGCACGCGACGACAAACUCAGCGGCAAAUAUCGCCAGUAUUUGCGAUCACAGCGCCUGCAUCCCUACUUGUCGGCGGCAACAACGAAUGUGGCGGCCGUAGCAGCAGCGGCCAAUCUGGGACAGACAUUUUCGCAGUUCGCGGCCACACCGUCUUUCCAGCAUCUCCAGCAGAUCUCCUGCUACAACGUAUGAUCAACGUAAAGCGCUUUCACUGUAGCAGAAGCGGAAACUGUAAGUGUUCCACCAAGUGGAUAGGUGCGUGCAGCAGCAAGAUUGUGUCCACGUCGCGCCUGCCCGGUCGAAUAUACGCUCACCGGGAGGCAACGCAACGAUUUUGACGAUACGCAAUUCCAGCGUAUAUUAUCGCAAAGCUUUUUGGAGUUAACCGAUUUCGCAGGGGAUAUUCAAAGGACGAGUGGUGGUAGUUUAAUUGUAACGGCAUUCAAUAUGCAAAAAUUAUUCAUCAUUCAAAAGCGCCAAAAAUCACAUUUCGAAACAUAGAAAGUAAAAAUGCUACUAUUCAAAAUUAAAUUUAAACAGUAAAUGAAAUGAAAAAAAAAACAAAAAUAAAA